AGCUCGCUUCCUGUCCCUUGAUCCGAAGAGCCGCCAGCCAGGGGACAGGUGGCCCCAGCAGCGAGUGACAGCCAGUGCCCAUGGCCGGGGACAGCGGGAUGGCCGGGAAGGUGGCGCUGCUCCUGUGGGCCUGGCUGGUGCUGCAGGUGCCGGCGCGGGCGCUGCUGGAGGGGGACACGGUGACACUGCGCUGCCGGGGCUGGCAGAACAAGCCGGUCACCUCGGUGUCCUUCUACCGCGACGGGAAGGAAUUGGGGACGCUUCAGGAUGGGACCGAGCUGUCCCUGUCCCCUCUGCAGCUGAACCACAGCGGCCGCUACCACUGCAGGGGCCUGGGUGACAUACUGGAGUACCGGUGGGUGCAGUCGGCGCUGGUGACAGUGACAGUGCAGGUGCCCGUGGCCAAUGCCACCAUCACCCCCGGUCCCCCGGCACUCCCGGUGACACCACUGCUGGAGGUGACACCACAGGGAACCACUGGACACCUCUGGAACACAGCCCUCAGGAAGGAGCAGGAAAGGCCUCCCCAGGAGCCCUCGGCCCCCCCGCAGGAGGGGGCUGGGCUGGACCCCCACGUCGUGGGCACCGAGCGGGCAGGGGGUGAGUACAGGGGGGGACAGGGACACGUCACCCACGGGUGUCACCCCCACCCAGAUGAGCACGAGGAGCUGCCGGGACCCCACGGGCGACAGCGGGGCCCCAAUGACAGCUACGAGAACAUUCUGUGA